UGCGCGGAUUAUAACCUCCAAAUCUCCAAAAUAAAGUGUGAUACGAUGAAUGUGGUUGUUGCUUUAUUAAUGAGAUCGUGAGUGUUCGUGUAUUACAAAUAAAACACGAAUUUGAGAAGGUUCACUGUGGUGCGUGCGUGAGAGAAGCGAAGUUUGAAUCUGUGUGGUGUUUGAUUGGGUGCUGCGACCGACCAUCUGUGGCUUCCCCUUAAAGUAGCCCCUCGAAAACUUAACGAAAUUCACUAAAUUCCUCGAACAUGGGUAAGGAUUACUAUAAAAUCUUGGGUAUAACGAAGGGGGCCAGCGAGGAGGACAUUAAGAAGGCCUACAGGAAACUGGCUUUGAAAUAUCACCCUGACAAGAAUAAGUCAGCUGGUGCUGAGGAAAAAUUUAAAGAAGUCGCCGAGGCGUAUGAGAUUCUUUCAGACAAGUCAAAGAGGGAGAUGUAUGACAAAUAUGGGGAGGAAGGUCUUAGAUCUGGGGCAUCUUCAGGUGGUGGUGACCGUGGAGGCAACUUCUCCUCCUACACAUACCAUGGCGACCCAAGAGCGACCUUUGCCCAGUUCUUUGGCAACUCCUCACCAUUCUCAGCAUUCUUCGAUUUUGGCAACAACGGAGGACGGAUGUUUGGUAUGCAUGAUGAUGAUAUGGAUGUCGACGGAGAUCCAUUUGCUUCACUCGGUGGAGGCCCCCCUAGAGGCCCUGGAGGUGCUUUCAGGAGUCACUCCUUCAACUUUCAAACGCCCAACUCAAAAAGGGAUAAAAUACAGGAUCCACCUGUUGAACAUGAUCUCUAUGUAAGCCUUGAGGACGCAGCCAAAGGAUGCACUAAGAAAAUGAAGAUCAGUAGGAAGGUACUGCAACCAGAUGGCACUUUAAAGAAGGAGGAUAAAGUAUUGACUAUCAAUGUGAAACCUGGCUGGAAAGCUGGAACUAGAAUCACAUUCCAAAGGGAGGGAGACCAAGGACGAAACAAGAUUCCUGCUGAUAUUGUCUUUAUUAUUAGGGACAAGCCACAUCCGGUGUUCCAACGUGAGGGAAGCAAUAUUAAAGUUACUGCCAAAGUAACACUUAAACAGGCCUUGUGUGGGUGUACACUUAAGAUACCAUUGAUGUCUGGUGAGACGAUUCCUUUAGAUUAUAAGAACACCAUUAUCAAGCCGAACACCACGAAACGCAUACCAGGAUACGGUUUACCGUUUCCACGGGAGCCAAAGAAGAAUGGAGACCUGAUUGUUCAUUUUGACAUUAAGUUUCCGGAUAAAUUGACGCAAUCUGCUAAGGAUAUUCUGUACGACACUUUACCAAAUUAACGAUCUAUUUUUAACAAAUUAUUAUUUUCAUUAUUGUACGUUUUAGUACAAACGAUUUAAAAAAAAAUGUUUUAUCUGAUUUGGCUUAAUUAACCCGAUUUGGCUUGAUUAUUUUAUCCUUCUUGUUAACUUAUGUUUAUUUUAUUUUUUGUUUGUUAUUUUCACCUUGUGUAUAUGGAAAAGGAAAGUGCAGGUACUUCCUGAAAAACUGACUCGUUAGAUAAGGGACUUUUUAAUAAUACUGUACUUACUUGAGAGGAAAUUAUAAAGUGGCACCAUAACGCAUCGUCAGCUACUUUAACCUUUGUGACAUGGCUUGUAAAGUUUUAUAUAGUAAUAAGAUUAUUUAAUAAAUUAUUUUUUUAUAUUACAAUUCA